AUGAAAUUUUUCAUUUUGGUAUAUAAGAUCCCAGCAGAGAACAAAGAUGACAAUAAUUUUAUCGACGGAUCUGCUUUGAAGGCACUUAAUAAAUGUAGAAAUCCCACUCGCGACUCCAAUGGUCCCUAUUGUUACGCAUACGUCCCUUGGGAGAGUGUAACGAUUUCAAAACGAUAUUGCUCCAUUCGAAAAUGUAGAUCGUCAGAAUGUCGAAUGGCAGGUACGGCGAACGAUUACAUGGGAACACUUUCGAAAACACGUUCAGGACGUGAUUGUGACAAAUGGCCAAUCAGACCCAAAUUACCAGCGAUGGCCCAAAAUGCGUCUCGAGCAAAUACUACCAAAUCGACUCGCGUCAGAUCUGCAAAAAUUGGAGCAAAUGUAGCAGUUCCCAAAACCAGUUUGACAGUCGGUAGAGAAUAUUUCAAUGAUAGCGUCUUUCCAGAAGGAAGUGCCAAGAAUGCCAGUAAUUAUUGCAGAAAUCCAUCGCGUAAUAUCGCCGGCACUUGGUGUUAUACCAAGGAUCCUUUGGUGCCCCAUGAUCUAUGCAACGUUAGAGAUUGUGGGAAACCAGAGGAGUACACGUUCCUUGCCGUGGGAGAUGGCCUAGAUAGGCGUAUAUACGUUUUACCCGAAUAUCGUUCGGAAGGUUUACACUUUUCUGUGAAAGCUUGGGAACCGGAUAAUCCAGAUUCUGUCGUGUUUGUCUUUUUAGCCGAUGAUGGAUUAAAAUCGCGUUACAUCCUCAAAAUAGGAACGUCGAACAACGAAAAAGUACUUCUCUUUUACGAAUCGGAAACUACAGAAAUUUCCUUAGUCAAGAGGAAAACUCUGCCACAUUUGCUUUAUGUAGGAAAAUGGAGCAGCUUUAUCAUCCGUAUACCACGCGGACAAUUAUUGCUUUAUUACGAAGACGAUCCUACACCAUUGUUCGAAUGGACUCAUCCCGAUCCUCCCAAUGCUUUUCUACCAAUGUAUUAUUAUUAUGGCAGCGAACAGUCAAAAGCUGUUGGCUUCGCGUUCGAUCGUGGAUCAAAUUGUCAUAUAGAAAACACGAGAACUGAUAAAUACACCAGAAUCCUAUCGUUAUCAACAUGGAUUGACGAAGAAAUAUUGCUUCCUCAACAAGUGACUCUUCAUCUUCGAGGGGAAGGUGCAGUUCAUUUCCCUUUCUACCUGAUGCCCGAGACUCCAGGAUGAAUAUUCAGUUUUCAUGCAGCAGGCUGCAUUACUAUCCCAAAAUUGUACUCUCGACUUUCUGUAAGUUACACGCAAAGAUCUAUCGUUACCCAACCACGUUAAAUUCUUGUGAUAUACUCAUUUUAAUAAACACCAG